AUGUAUGAGAUAAUUAAUGAUGAGGCCAUGGAAAAUGUUGUGCGCGACGCAUUUGAUCAGGACUAUACAGACGAGCUAGACGUGGAGAGGAAGCUUGGACAGCGUCACCAUGGGAACCCUUCUUCCAGCAGCCCUUGUAUCACGCCAAUUUAUGUUAUUCAAAGAGUCAUCCACAGAUCCUUCUAUGAGUCUUAUACGACCGUUUGCGAGAGCCUGAGUGUGUUGGUCGCUAUAAUACAAAAGGGUGUCGGAGGGUUACAACAUCGCACUGGGCAUGAUAUCGGGCCACCUUCUACUACAUAG